AUGGCACAAUCCGGCCCGUCCAUCCUUGACGUCCAUACUCCCACUUCGUCAUUUGCUAUCAUCUACUCAGACCCUGAAGACAGUUUGGAGACGCUAUUCGACAAACUAAGCAAGAAGACCGUGUCAGAACUCAAUGGCAGACAUGUACGCCCAGGUUGGGUCAAAUACGAGUGGAACAGCACAGUGUGGAACAUGGAUGAUGCAUCCGACUACGCCAUAUUCGCAUGGAGGCUGAAGUCCGCCACCCCAGGAGGCGAGGGCUGGCCCAUCCUCUUCGUCCGCAAUCCCGACUCCCAUCUUCCUUCGCCCCCUGAAUAUCAGAACCCGUCAUUCUACAUGUUCCGCCCCAAGCCCACCCCUUACUCCCCGCGGCUCCCGAGCACGCCUGAGAGCUCCUCCGCCGCGAGUGGGAAGUCGCGCAAGCGCAGCAAGGUGCCCAAGCCCGAGAACACCCUGCCCAAGUUCAAGAAGGAGUUCGAGAAGUUCCACAACGAGAACGGUGUCCGCACGAUCAGCGGCAGCAUUGGCCCUGUGAACAACGUGCGUAUGCUGCUCAAGACGGGGUACCGCCAUGUGUACAUCUCGCGCAAGUUCGCGAUCAAGAAUGGGUUCAUCCCGAGGGAUGCUGCGCCCGGGCAUUACGGGUAUAGCGGGAUCGUGAACCUAGGGAAAUGGCCAGUCACCGUGGGCCGCACGCGGACCGUCCACUCCGUCUACUUGACGGAGGAGUCGCACUUCGACGUCAUCCUAGGCCGGUCGUUCGUGGAGCGCAGGCAGGUCAAGUUCGACCCUGUCGACCCAACCGACGUCGUAUGCGGGGAUACGGGAGAGAAGAUCGAUUGCGAGCUAGUCAUACUCAAGGACGGCAAGGGACAGAUCGUCACCGUAACCUGAGGUCGCGACACGGGCAAUUGGACAAUAUUGGCUGCGAAUGUGCUAUACCCGGUCUUCUUUCAUGUAGCAUACGAACUAAGUUACUGUAUAUUUAUACACGCC